AUAAAUGUUUGCAACCAAGAAGUGGACAGGAAGCGGAAAUUGCCGAUAAAUAAGUGGUAUAAUUGAAAGAUGGCUGAAAUAAUACGAAAAUCAUGGCAAGGUUAUAAUUACGUGUUUGAUGAGUUGGCAGAUAGCAGAACGAAGUCAUGGUUUCUUAUCGCCAAACCUUAUGAAGGAAUCUUGCUUCUUGGAUUAUAUUUAAUGAUCGUAUUCAAAUGGGGACCUCAAUGGAUGAAAAAUCGGCCUGCGUACAAUAUAGAAAAACUUCUUAUAGUCUACAAUGCAUUUCAAGUUAUUGCCUGCAGUUACAUAUUUUACAACGGUUUAAUACUCGGUUGGGCUCGAGAUUACCAAUGGUUCUGCGAGCCUGUGGACUACUCAAAUGAUGAGAGAGCUCUUCGUAUUGCAACUGUCGUGUAUUACUAUUUCUGGCUUAAAGUUAUCGACCUUUUAGACACUGUAUUUUUCCUGCUAAGAAAGAAAUUCAAUCAAGUAUCAUUCCUACACGUUUACCAUCAUACAGGUAUGGUGAUGCUAGUAUGGGGAACAACCACUUAUUUUGCAGGAGGUCAUGGAACAUUUAUAGGCGUGUUAAAUUCAUUUGUUCACAUUGUAAUGUAUGGAUACUAUCUGCUAACAGUCGCAGUGCCCAGUUUGAAGGGUUCUUUGUGGUGGAAGAAAUACAUAACACAGUUGCAAAUAAUACAAUUCUUCUGGUUCGUAAUCCACAUGGGAGCUAUUGUGUUCAUGCCAAACUGCGCCUUCCCGCGAUGGACCGCCGCAGUUUUCUUGCCUCAAAACAUUUUCAUGCUGGUCCUCUUUGUUGAUUUCUAUAUCAAAGAAUACAUAAAAAAACCGAAGGCAUUAGCAUUGCAAGAAAGUAAUGGCGUGAAGAAUACUGGAUCUAUAAAAAACGGGUCUAGAAAUAGUGGAUCAACAAAGAAUGGUUCUACAAAAAAUGGAUCCAAUAAUACUGUGUCGGAAACAAAUGGUACAAAUAAAACGCAUGUGAAUUGA